AUGGCGUCCACGCGCGAGGGCCACUACCGUGGGGUCCGCAAGCGCCCCUGGGGCCGGUACGCGGCGGAGAUCCGCGACCCCUGGAAGAAGACGCGCGUCUGGCUCGGCACCUUCGACACCCCCGAGGAGGCCGCCAUGGCCUACGACGGCGCCGCCAGGUCCCUCCGCGGUGCCAAGGCGAAGACCAACUUCCCCCCGCCGCCGCCGCCGCCGUCCGGCAUCCCCCUGGACCUCAACCUGCCGUCCGACCACCGCUUCUUCCCCGCCCCGCCGGGAAGGCUCACCAUCACCGACUUCCUCAGCGGCGCCGUUCUUGGGGACGUUCCCCCGCGGCCGACCGCCGGCGGUCAGGUUGCGGAUACGGCGGGUGACGUCCAGGCUCCGGCGAGGUACUUCGGGAUCGUGAGGCGCGGCCUGCCAAUUGACUUGAACGAGCCGCCGCCGUUGUGGAUGUAG